AUGCAACAAUCACCUCAACAAAGUCAACAUCGAACAUCCACCCGACCUUCUACACAACCGCGAUGGCACAGUCAAUCCUACAUGAUGUUCUUGGCUUUGCGGCAACAUCCCGAUCGAUGCUUACCUCGUACACAACUUAUUAAAGCGGCCAUCGACUUGGAUAAAAAGAUUAGCCAGGAACGUAACCUACCAAAAGUGUUUCGAGGCAAGACGCCCAUGAAUUCGGCUUCAGCUAUUUUAACCUACAACAGCGAUCGAUAUUUUGUCCCUUUCAAACCGGAAGGAAGCCGAUCGACUCAUUUCAAACUCGCAUACGAACCUGGCAACUUUAAAACAGCGGUGCAAGAAUAUCGGAAAUGGGAAGCCAAGUUGGCUGAGCAUGAUUGGCCCUUUUGCUUUGGUGAACUGAAGGAGGAAUUCAGGAACAAAGCGCCCAGUAACCCGUCGGAGGUGAAUGGGGAGCAACCAGUCGAAAAGGUGACAACGGAGACCGCCAACCCCGCCGAGGAAUCUAAAACACAAUUGACGACCCAACCGAGUAUGACAAUGAGUGAAUCUUCGGGACAGAUGGAAGCCAAGGUGAUCAAUAGCGAUCGUCAAGACACAGUAGCUAUAGAAACCGAGAACAAACCAAAAGACGAUACAGCGGCCGCGCCAGUUUCGCAUGACAUGCCUACACUGGAUCAACUGGAUUUAACCAACGUACCGAAAUCAUGGACGGAUAUCGUUCGUGUAGCGGAUUCAAACAUACCUGGAGCAGGCAAAGGCCUAUUCGCGAAGCGCCGACUGCCGUAUAAUACUCCUUUGGGAUUUUACUUUGGCGUACCAAUGACAGAAGACGAAUUCGAUUCUCUUAAAGACGGCGUAGGACGCGCCUCGGAAUAUUCCAUCAUGUAUCGCAAAACAGUGUUGGAUGCCACUGAUGAGAAUGGGCAACCCUACAGCGAUCCGGAGGGAGAAAUGUACUGUCCGUUCCAUUUCAUGAAUGAAACAAACGAGGCCGGUGCGAAUAUGUGGUUUUUGGAGGGGGCCUUGGUAAAUCAAGUGAUCUGUUGGACGAAACGCGAUAUUCAAGAAGGCGAAGAAUUGCUAGUAUGGUACGGACACGAUGUGGAUCGUUAUUGGAGCCAGUCAUCGAAACCCACCAAAUCAUCUACUCCAUCUGUCCGAUCGCCUUCUUCUCCGUCCUCCCCGCUUGCAUCAUCAUCAUCUUCAUCAACAUCUCCCGCAGCUUUACCGCCAUCGACAGCAUCCCAAUCACCAUCUGUUCCAGACAAGAUCGAACCAUCAUCCUGA